AUGCCCAGACAAAUGGAAAACCUGCACCCUGUGCACAGAUCCCCAAGCAGCUAUUUCACACCUUUAGACAAACCCAUCCUUAAAGCAGCUCAGAGACAUCACAACUUGGGACCAGAAUCAAGAACUCAAGAGGUCUCACAAUCUCAGGUGCACAUGCUUACAAAGAGAUCUCACACCCAGGGACUGAAGGGCCAGAAAGCUCCAAAAAUGCACAGCCCCGAAUACAGGUACACACAUCCUAGGGGCUUUGUAGUAUGGCUCACAAAAUCCACUCAGAUCAAAUAUCCCAUCACUCACGACUCCGCACAAAGGCUCAAGGAGAUCAAAUGUUCCCAAACAGCACCUGUGUUGUCACACGCAGCGAUACACAAGCCCACGCUCCCUGACACAGGUUAG